ACAACCCUGGUUGUUUGACGUUUCUGGAUUUUUUGGGCCGUGUCAUCUUGGCGAAGGGAAAAUCGAUUUUUAUCGAAUCCGAGCGCAAGGAACGAAAUUUACCAGCCCGCGCCGUGUGUUAGGUGUCCUCUAGUGUGUCCGCAAGAAGAAAAGCGUUUCUCGAAAUCGUCCUGCAUCCUUCAGGGCAGACAGCUCAGCCAAGCGGCGAAUCGUCGGGAUUGCUGCGCCGAGUAUCCCUGAAGUACCUUUUCGCUGGACGUGGUUGUGUAGUGCAAGGGUCAAAUAGUAAAAUAUUGUGUUUGCCGCAGUGAAACGACCGUUUUCUGGAGGAAGAAAUCGGAAACCAAGGGUGACGAGACGCCUACUGCGGUGACGUGGUUUCCGGUUGAAUAGAGAUUUGUGAUUAUUGCGUGUGAGAGCGCUUCGUCGUGUAGUGCAAUCGAAGUGAAAAGUGCGUCUGGAUCUAGUUUUUCCCGUUUCUCAAGAUGGCUCCGGUACGGGGAGACGGAAUGCGAGGAUUGGCGGUGUUCAUAUCGGACAUUAGAAAUUGCAAAAGUAAAGAGGCCGAAAUCAAGCGCAUCAAUAAGGAGUUGGCCAACAUUCGGAGCAAGUUCAAAGGGGACAAAACGUUGGAUGGUUACCAAAAGAAGAAGUAUGUAUGCAAGCUACUCUUCAUUUUCUUGCUUGGCCAUGACAUCGAUUUCGGUCACAUGGAGGCGGUCAAUUUGCUGUCUUCCAACAAAUACUCGGAGAAACAAAUCGGCUAUCUAUUCAUCUCCGUGCUGGUGAACACGAACAGCGAUCUGAUCAAACUCAUCAUCCAAAGUAUAAAGAAUGAUCUGCAGUCGCGCAACCCGAUCCACGUCAAUCUGGCGCUCCAAUGUAUCGCCAACAUCGGUAGCCAAGAUAUGGCCGAGGCUUUCUCGAAUGAAAUUCCGAAGCUGCUGGUAUCGGGCGAUACGAUGGAUGUGGUGAAGCAGUCGGCAGCACUCUGCUUGCUGCGACUGUUCCGCACCUGCCCGGAGAUAAUCCCCGGUGGCGAAUGGACUAGCCGCAUUAUCCAUCUGCUGAACGAUCAGCACAUGGGAGUGGUGACGGCGGCCACCAGUUUGAUCGACGCACUUGUCAAGAAGAACCCGGAAGAGUACAAGGGUUGUGUGAGCUUGGCCGUGUCGCGCCUGUCCCGUAUCGUCACGGCGUCGUAUACGGAUUUGCAGGAUUACACGUACUACUUUGUACCGGCACCGUGGCUCUCGGUGAAGCUUCUGCGUUUGUUGCAAAACUAUAACCCACCGACGGAGGAUCCGGGUGUGCGCGGUCGACUGAACGAGUGCUUGGAGACGAUCCUCAAUAAGGCACAGGAGCCGCCGAAGAGCAAGAAGGUGCAGCACUCGAACGCCAAGAACGCGGUACUUUUCGAGGCAAUCAAUCUGAUCAUCCACAACGACAGUGAGGCGAGCCUGCUGGUGCGUGCCUGUAAUCAGCUGGGCCAGUUCUUGAGCAACCGUGAAACGAACUUGCGCUACCUGGCGCUGGAAUCCAUGUGCCACCUGGCGACGUCAGAGUUCUCACACGAAGCGGUCAAGAAGCACCAGGAGGUGGUAAUCUUGUCGAUGAAGAUGGAGAAGGAUGUAUCGGUGCGCCAGCAGGCCGUUGAUCUGCUGUACGCCAUGUGCGAUCGCUCGAACGCAGAAGAGAUCGUGCAGGAGAUGCUGAACUAUCUCGAGACGGCCGAUUAUUCGAUUCGCGAGGAAAUGGUGCUGAAGGUAGCUAUAUUGGCGGAGAAGUAUGCUACCGAUUACACCUGGUACGUGGAUGUGAUUCUGAAUCUGAUCCGAAUCGCGGGCGAUUACGUAUCCGAAGAGGUCUGGUACCGUGUUAUUCAAAUCGUGAUUAACCGCGAGGAGGUGCAGGGCUACGCGGCCAAGACUGUGUUCGAAGCGUUGCAGGCACCGGCCUGCCAUGAGAACAUGGUCAAGGUGGGAGGCUACAUUUUGGGCGAGUUUGGCAAUCUCAUAGCGGGCGAUUCGCGCUCGGCACCGAUGGUACAGUUCAAGCUGCUGCACUCCAAGUAUCAUCUAUGCUCCUCCAUGACCCGUGCACUGCUGCUGUCGACGUACAUUAAGUUCAUCAAUCUGUUCCCCGAGAUCCGUGGCACGAUUCAAGAUGUGUUCCGACAGCACAGCAAUCUCCGGUCGGCGGAUGCGGAGUUACAACAGCGAGCCAGCGAGUAUCUGCAGCUUAGCAUCGUUGCAUCAACGGACGUGCUGGCUACGGUGCUAGAGGAGAUGCCAUCGUUCCCGGAGCGCGAAAGCUCCAUCUUGGCAGUACUGAAAAAGAAGAAGCCAGGGCGUGUGCCGGAGAAUGCAGAAAUUCGGGAUAACAAGAGUCCGGUCCCCAACAGCCACAGCAACACUCAUAACAAUGCUCAAACUAAUCAUGCAUCAAGCACGAACAACACCAGCGCAAGCAACGAUCUACUUGGACUGAGCACACCACCGGCUAGCCAGUCUGGCACCUUGAUCGAUGUGCUUGGUGACAUCUACAGCACCACCAAUGGCAACAGCAGCGUGGUCAAUAAUUCCAAAAAAUUCGUCUUCAAGAACAAUGGAGUUCUGUUUGAGAACGAUCUUCUACAGAUCGGUGUAAAGAGCGAAUUCCGUCAAAAUCUGGGCCGCUUGGGCUUGUACUAUGGCAAUAAGACGCAAACGGCUUUGCAAAACUUUGUUCCAACGCUGCAGUGGUCAGCGGAGGAUGCGCUGAAGUUGAACGUGCAGAUUAAGGCGGUCGAACCAACUCUCGAGGCCGGAGCACAGAUCCAGCAGCUGUUGACGGCGGAAUGUAUCGAUCAUUACACUGGCGCACCGUCAAUCAUCAUUUCAUUCCGUGUUAAUGGCGGUGCACCGCAGAAGCUCACGGUGAAUCUUCCCUUAACAGUGAACAAGUUCUUCGAACCGACCGAAAUGAAUGCCGAAUCGUUCUUUGCUCGAUGGAGAAACCUUGGAGGUGAGCAACAACGAGCCCAGCGUGUGUUCAAGGCCCUACAGCCGCUCGAUUUACCGGGUGCCAGGAAUAAACUGACCGGUUUCGGUAUGCAGUUGCUGGACGGGAUUGAUCCGAAUCCCGAUAACAUGGUCUGCGCGGGAAUCAUCCACACUCAGGCCCACAAAGUGGGUUGUUUGCUACGUCUCGAACCCAACAAGCAGGCUCAGAUGUUCCGCUUGACUAUCCGAUCGAGCUUAGAAGCAGUGACACAAGAGAUCUGUGAGCUGCUUGGGGACCAAUUCUAAGACAAGAGUGACUAACAGACAGGCAAGCGAAUGAUAUCAAUCUGUUGUUCAUCUAUGUGUCGUAUCGCAGCGCGAAAUGAUACCAAAAUCGAUAAACUGUUUGCGAUCGUGGCUGAAACACUCGCCGAUCGCAGGGUGGAGGCGCAAUGCGCUUUUGUUUGAAUCUUAAAUUACGGAAAAGCAAAUAUUUAAACGAAGAAGUGGGACGUGUGCGAACAUGACAAAUGACCUUCAUCAGCACAGCGAGCGUACUAUCGCACGAUCAUCUCCGCGGAGAAUGUUUCUGUACGUACGAAGGAGACGUACGUUGGAGAAGGUGGUCAGGCUGCUUGGUAGAACUCUGGUGUAUAAAAUAGACAAAUUUAACGUAAAGCUGCGCGAUGUUGACUCGAAUGAUCCUUCUGCUGGCCCUCCUGUGUCUGAGAAAACCUGCGACGACCACACAUGAGGAACUAGCAGUGUGAUUGUGGUCUUUGAGCUCUUUGAGACACGAUGCGCCGUUUCCUAACAUUUCCAGUAAUCGUUUUAAGGAGGAAACCGCGAUAACAUUGUAGCAGUGUUUGUGGCGGGGUAUGUGUGAAACCUUCUAGAAAUCUCAUUCAUUGUUAGCGAAAGGGCGUGCAAAUGACAACGGCAGCGAUUGUAGCAUGAUCAUAUGAGCACGCAUGAUAGCUUUUGUGGCUUGUAUGCGUGUAUGUAACGUUUAGCAUGAGAGAUAAACGAGAAUGCCGCGGGAGAAGCGAAAGCGUCAAGGCGGACAUCGUGAGAUAAGCGGACAUCAGUAGAUCGUGGCUUGUAUGUACGGUACGGUGAUCGCAGUAGUUUGCGCUUUUCUAUCUUUUUUUUUGUUGUUUUCAGUUGUUAUUCUUCAUUCAUUUGCCACUGCGCGGCGUCGUUCCAUUCCGUAUUAGUAUCGGCAAAUGUUGCACAAAACUACUUUUCGCUUCACCGGAAUGAUUUCCGGUAUCUUUCUCGUUAUUCUUUUUUUGCGAUACAGAUCGUGACUGAAGGAAAAUCCCAUCGAUCGAUCGAUCGAGGUUGAGCAACGACGUCUUUUUUAAGAAUUAAAUAGCAACCCGCAGAGGCAAAAGACCAUUGUUAGUUAUGUGUUUUGGGGGAAAUACUUUGUGUAGGGCAUUUCAGCCACACCUAAGCGUAGCAGCAGCUGCGGAGCAAAUGAAACUGUAUGUUUUAAUCGUUACUAAUAUUCACACGCAUAUUACAUACAUACAUUACCUACAUUACAUACCUAAGCAACAACGUGUACAUUGUAGAAAGUUGUAUUUAAACAAGAAAACACGAGUUAAGUAAAAGCAGUCACAAUGCGUAAAUGAAAGAUAGACAGAGAGAGAGAGAAUAUAAAAAAUGGAAAAUCAUCGGACAUCCUAUUAUACUAUUAGUAAGAAAGAUACGCUAAACAUCAGAAUUCAUAAAACAGAGGACGGAAGAGAGGGCGAGAGGUCAUCGAUAUCAUCUGCUUUGAAAGCCAUACUAUACACAGCCAGUCAGUCAGACCGGCCAGUCAUGAACCCUGGUAUUCUUCGAGGGGUUGCAAUCGCUAUUUGCUAAUCUAUGAGCACACACAAAUGAUACACGCUAUCGUAUUAUGGUCUGCCCCAGCAGCAGCAGGACAGGCAACCUAUUGGCAUUCCAAAAUUCCAAAUAUCAAGCAAUCUCUCGACCGAUUUGAUGAUGCCGCUCAGCGCAGCAAUGGAGAUGAGCUUAGCCAGUUAUUGAAUCUAUUUGUUAUUCGUGUGGAACCAGGGAUCUGGACCAGAAAGCGCGAUACGACCGACGAUCACCACACUCACUGUCGGAACUCGGGAGAAACUACUAAACCGUGAACGAUGAAGGUGAAACGAUACUGAUAUCGCGUAGAAAGAACACUGUCACACGGACGGAGCAAAUAGAACAUGAAGGGAUGCCGCGAUCGCGAACCGAUCGAUGGAUGGAGAAUGAAAAUAAUAUAUUGAAAAUAUACACAUGUUAUUGAAAUCGCGCGUGAA